AUGACUAAGGCUCCUCGACAAAAACGAGCUGAAAUCCAGCGUCUAACUAGUAUCUCUAAUCUCCGGACAAAACAAUUAUCUGGUUCUGUUGGUAAACGAGGACACGACGAACCUGACCGCAUUGAACAUUUCGAUCUUGAACUUCGACCAAGCAAAUUACACGACCUAAAAGUGGGGGAGUUCAUUAGUGGAGGAGACAGGUAA